CGGAGCCCCGAAUGAAGGGCAGCGUUCAUGUGGUGCUGAGGAAGAGCCAGGGAACAGGGAGACAGGGCUGCUGAGGCACGAGCUGGCCCUGCUGAAGAUGAGGGUGGUGCUCCUGCUGCUCCUGGUGUCCAUGGGGAACGUCGGAGCCGAGCUGGAGAAGGGCCCCCCCAGGCGCCUGUCGUGCGUGCGCUGCUGCGGCCCCUCGGAGCAGCCCGUGUCCAUCCUCUCCUCCAGGCACACCAGGAUGAGCAGCAGCCCCUACUCUGUGCCCAAAGUCCAGCCCACCAUAGACAUCACCAUCCUCAAAGGGGAGAAGGGCGAGAUGGGAGAGAAGGGAUUCCCUGGAGCAGCUGGCAAGGCUGGAGAGAGAGGAUUACGUGGCCUGAACGGCAGGAAGGGCCAGAAAGGGCAGCCCGGCCCUCAGGGCCACUCCUGCAAGCAGCUCUUCGCCGCCUUCUCGGUGGGCCGGAGGAAACCCCUGCACAGCUCCGACUACUUCCAGCUCGUCACCUUCGACACUGAGUUGGUGAACCUCUACCAGCACUUCAACAUGUUCACGGGGAAGUUCUUCUGCUACGUGCCGGGCAUCUACUACUUCAGCCUCAACGUGCACACGUGGAACUACAAGGAGACCUACGUGCACGUGAUGAGGAACGAGCAGGAGGUGGCCAUCCUGUACGCCCAGCCCAGCGAGCGCAGCAUCAUGCAGAGCCAGAGCCUCAUGCUGGACCUGCAGGAGGGCGACGAGGUCUGGGUCAGGAUGUUCAAGAGGGAGAGGGAAAACGCCAUUUACAGCGAGGAGUCCGAUGUUUACAUCAUCUUCAACGGGCACCUCGUCAAACCGGCCGUGGAGUAGCCGCUCGCCGGCUCCGGGUGCGAGGCUUUGGUAGAUCCAGUAGAGUCUUCCCUCGUAGAAGUGCACAUCUAGUUCCACUUGGAAGGGUUAUAGAUCUGGAAGGGUUGUCUGUCCAUGCCCAGUGAGGGUGGAGGUGGCUGUUCCAAGGUGCUACGAGCUGCACAAGCACCCACAAGGCUUCAAUUCCAGCUUUGUAACCCUGUGUGGACCCCCAGUAACACCCCUGGAGGCUUUGCCAAGCUGACAGCAAAAAUUUAACUCCUUCACUCUGCUAGAGAGAAAAAAAUUUAAUUAUACCUAAGGGCCUGGGUGCUAAUUGAGGACUGUAAUUCUUCCUGCUGUUUGGGAAUUUUUGCAUAAUCCAGGAAGGAUUAUAGAUCUAUAAGGGUUGUCUUUCCAUGCCCAGUGAGGGUGGAGGUGGCUGUUCCAAGGUGCUAUGAGCUGCACAAGCACCCACAAGGCUUCAACUCCAGCUUUGCAACCCUGUGUAGACCCCUAGUAAACCCACGAGACCCAGUAAUAUCCCUCCUAAGCUGGCAGCAAAAAUUUAACUCCUUUGCUCUCCUUUAGAGAAGAAAUUUUAAUUAUAUCUGAGGUGCUAAUGGGUGCUAGUUAAGGAAUGUCAUUCUUCCUGCUAUGUGGGAAUCUUUAAAUUGUCCAGGAAGGAUUAUAGAUCUGGAAGGGUUGUCUUUCCAUGCCCAGUGAGGGUGGAGGUGACUGUUCCAAGGUGCUACGAGCUGCACAAGCACCCACAAGGCUUCAACUCCAGCUUUGCAACCCUGUGUAGGCCCCCAGUAACAUCAACCCUAAAUUCCAGUUUUGUUCCAUUUCGUGCAAUAUUUCGUUCUGAGAGCACAAUUCCAGAAUUAAAUAGUGGCUUCUCCACCUGGGAAAGCUUUUCCAGAGGCACAGAGCUGGAAGAGCCACAGCUACCCCUCUGUACUAAUACCAACAUUCCUUAUAAGAACAUCCAGCAGGGCUGGGAAUGUGGGUUUCCCAUUUGAAAAUGGUGGGAUGGUUGGAAUUUGCUGAGCUGGAAUUCCAUGGAAAUUGCCAUCUCAUAGCACCGUCAUUGCUGGAAAAUGGAGAGGAAAACUGGGAAGAA